AUCUGGCAAUUCAUAAUCGUCAAAUUUUGGCAUGGUUGAUCUUAACUUGAAAGAAUAAAAUAAUAUCGUUUUGUUGGAAUUAUUAUGAAAAUGGAGUGGAAACCUGAACCAGAAGGAUUACGGCAAAUACUUACACUUCUCAAGGAGUCUCAAUCACCGGACACAGUUACCCAGAGAGCUGUUCAACAAAAAUUGGAAGAAUUGAACAAGUAUCCCGACUUUAACAAUUACCUUAUUUUUGUAUUAACAAAAUUAGUCUCAGAAGAAGAGCCUACAAGGUCUCUUAGCGGUUUGAUCUUGAAAAACAAUGUAAAAGCGCACUACAACAGUUUUCUGCCGGAGGUCGCAGAGUUCAUAAAACGAGAAUGCCUAUCAGCUGUAGGAGACCCUUCACCUUUAAUCAGAGCCACUGUAGGCAUUAUAAUUACUACUAUAGCAAGCAAAGGUGAACUGACAUCAUGGCCAGAACUCUUGCCUGCUCUUUGUCAUAUGCUUGAUUCUCAAGACUACAAUGUGUGUGAGGGUGCUUUUGGGGCACUUCAGAAGAUUUGUGAAGACACUGCAGAAGUUCUUGACUGUGAUGAAUUAAAUAGACCACUAAAUGUGUUAAUACCUAAAUUUCUUCAGUUCUUCAGACAUUCAUCACCUAAAAUAAGAUGUCAUGCUAUAGCAUGUGUCAAUUAUUUCAUUAUGGGCAGAACACAAGCCCUUAUGUUGCAUAUUGAUUCAUUUAUAGAGAACCUUUUCCAUCUAGCAGCAGAUGAAGAUCCAGAUGUGAGGAAAAAUGUUUGCCAUGCUUUAGUUUUACUCCUUGAAGUUCGAUUGGACAGACUCAUACCACAUUUACCUAAUAUUAUUGAGUAUAUGUUAAUCCGCACACAAGAUCCUGAAGAAGGUGUUGCUCUGGAAGCUUGUGAAUUCUGGCUUUCACUUGCAGAGCAGAAUGUUUGCCGAGAGGUGUUAGGUCCUCGUCUGCCUGCGCUGCUCCCUGUGCUAGUGCGAGGCAUGCGCUACUCUGAGAUGGAUGUGAUCCUGCUCCGUGGUGACCGGGAUGACGACGCGGACGACGCGGAGCCCGACCGCGAGUCCGACAUUCGCCCGCGCUUUCAUAAACCACGUUCACACACCAUCAAGCACAAUGCGGGCGCGGGCGACAGUAACAUGUCUGGUGGCGGGGAGUCUGACGACGAGGACGAGGGCGGUGCGGAGGGCGACGACGGCUCGCUGUCGGACUGGAACCUGCGCAAGUGCAGCGCCGCCGCGCUCGAUGUGCUCGCCAACGUGUUCGGUGCGGACCUCCUGCCCGUGCUAUUCCCCAUACUCAAGGAGACACUCUUCCACAACAGCUGGAUUAUUAAGGAAAGUGGUAUCCUUGCGCUGGGCGCGGUGGCGGACGGUUGCAUGGGCGGCAUGGUGCCGCACCUGCCCGACCUGGUGCCGUACCUGGUGUGCUGCCUGGCGGAGCGCAAGGCGCUCGUGCGCGCCAUCACCUGCUGGACACUCUCGCGCUACUCGCACUGGAUCGUCUCGCAGUCACACGAUCAGUAUCUGAGACCUGUUAUGACUGAGUUAUUGAAGCGCGUACUGGACAACAACAAGCGUGUGCAGGAGGCGGCGUGCUCGGCCUUCGCCACACUGGAGGAGGAGGCCUGCACAGAACUGGUGCCCUACCUCGGACACAUCCUGCAGACCCUGGUGUUCGCUUUCGGCAGAUACCAACAUAAGAACUUACUAAUAUUGUACGAUGCUAUCGGAACAUUAGCGGACUCGGUGGGACACCAUCUUAACAAACCAGAAUACAUCAAUUUAUUGAUGCCACCGCUCAUCACCAAAUGGAAUGUGUUAAAAGAUGAAGAUAAAGAUCUCUUUCCUCUACUUGAGUGUCUGUCGUCUGUGGCGACCGCGCUGCAGUCAGGGUUCCUGCCGUACUGCGAGCCUGUCUUCAGAAGAUGUGUGUCUCUUAUAGAACAAACUCUUAACCAGAAUAUUGCAAACAGCCAAAGCCCGGAGCAGUUCGAGGCUCCAGACAAGGACUUUAUGAUUGUGGCACUGGAUCUGCUGAGCGGGCUGGCUGAGGGGCUGGAUGGACACAUUGACCACCUCGUGCACAACUCUAACCUCAUGCAGCUGCUCUACCAGUGUAUGGGAGAUCCCAUGCCAGAGGUACGACAAUCAUCGUUCGCGCUGCUGGGAGACCUGACGAAGGCGUGCUUCCAGCACGUGCACCUGUACAUCCCGGAGUUCCUCACCAUCCUGGGCAUGAACCUCAACCCCGAGCUCAUCUCCGUCUGCAACAACGCCACCUGGGCCAUCGGGGAGAUUAGUAUCAAAUUAGGUCCCGAGACAUCGAAGUACAUACCUUUAGUGCUGGGUCACCUCGUUGAUAUAAUCAAUAGACCCAACACACCUAAAACAUUACUAGAGAACACAGCGAUUACUAUCGGUCGGCUAGGUUAUGUGUGCCCCCACGACGUCGCACCCGUAUUACAUCAAUUUGUACGCCAGUGGUGCACGUCGUUGCGGAACAUACGCGACAACGACGAGAAGGACUCCGCCUUCCGCGGCAUCUGCCAGAUGAUACAGAUCAACCCGGCCGGCGUCGUCACCGACUUCCUGUACUUCUGCGACGCCAUCGCCUCCUGGUCGCAUCCCAAGGACGACCUGAAGGAGAUGUUCACCAAGAUCCUGCACGGCUUCAAGAACCAGGUCGGCGAGGAGAACUGGCGCCGCUUCACCGACCAGCUGCCCGUCCAGCUCAGCUCGCGACUCUCCGCCAUGUGCGAUAUAUAAGCGACAACCUUUAUUUUACGGGGAACCAAUGGGAUCUCGGGUCGGGAGGUCGUGGCAGUCGCCGCCCGCCUCGUACUGUGCCAAUAUACUCUCACGACACAAACUGCAAUAGACCACACGGUGCCCAAUAAUCACAAUACAAUACUUGGCAUAUUCUGUAUGUGUACCUGAAACAUGUGUAAUUAGCGGCGACUCCACUCAAAUAUCGUCAUAAAGUGAGGCGAUACAGUUUCGGCUUAGGGAAUACGCACAGCGGUAGUGCGGCUCCGUGUUGCAUGGUGUAGUCGACUAGUGUAUCAUCCAUGUCUACAACUGGGCCGUUUCAUUAUUUUUCGAAUUGAUUUUAACUUUAAUUACUUUACCGAUUUGAAUAGGGUUCCGAAUUUAAAACGGUCUAGAUAUUGUAGGAAUUAACUUGAGAAAAUUAUUGAUGUAACUUUUCGAUAGAUUUUUAGAGUCGAUAUAUGUGAAAAUUCUUUGUAUCGACUUUUUGGUGACAUUUUUUGUUAAUUGAGGCAUCGCGAGGCUUCGGCUGAGGGCUUGCUGCGUUUGCCUUUUUUCGACUGACGAAAACAUUCACCGCUGAACACGUCUCUUGUGCGCUUGUGUUUGUUGGAAACUAUCAUACUCGUGUCUAUAUUUUAAUGCUCUAUUUUAUAUUAACUUCAUUCUUUCGGAAUUAAAUGUUUACAAACAAUAUAAAAAUGAAAUAUAUUUUUUAUCUAAAGCAUUUAUUUUGUGUCUCCACUAGAUUCUUCAAAUAUUUUGUAAUGAUUAAAAAAAUUCAUGUCUAUAUAUAAAAUAUUUUUAAAAAUAAAAUAACAAGACUUAGUGAAAUCGAGAAUUUUUGUCGUCUGUGAUUUGUGACUGGUUUAUUUUGAAUGAUAUGCGGUACGAUAAUGUAUUAUUAUAUUAUAUUAUGUAUGAGUGUCGACGCCGACGUACGUGUCGCUUUGAUAGAAUUUAUGUGAGCUAGAUUUCUGCUAUUAUUAUAUACCAAAUAGUAUUUUUACGUUGUAUUUUGUUUUAAUUGUUUUGUAUGUUUAUGUUGCCCGUGUCGAAAUUUAUUUACGUUAUUGACUUUGGAUAUUAACUGGUUUUUCUAUGGUAAUAAUUUUUAAAAAUAGUAUUUGAUUUUUUUAAUAGUUGCUCAAUAACAAAUCUAAAACAAAAUAUUGUUGCUAAAAUAAACUGCAAAAACAAAUUGUUAACAUUGUCCGUUGUCAAUAUAACUUAAUAUUUUUCAACUUUGGGCAACAUGUGAUCGAUAUAAAGAUAUCUACGUGUAUAUUUAAAUUAAUAUUAUGUAUAUGUAAAUACAUAUUGCGUUGUAUAAUAAUUAUAUAUGUAAAAUUGUUAUUUUAUGUUUUAUAAAAGCUAGAAAGUCUGACUUUAACCAUUUGUUGUUUGUCAUCGCGUUUUAUAAAACUAAAGCAGCUCCUAUCCUUAAGGUCCGAUCAAUUUACUAGAUGUUUACUUCCGUUAAAUACUCCUUUAUUGUAUUUUAUUUUUGUAAUUUGAAAAGUUGAUUUGUUGUGAUUAUUAUGCAAUUGCAUAUUAUUAUAAAGUAUUGUCCAACCUUUAAGGUCGAUGCUUUAAAUUGUACUUAAGUUUUUUUUUUAUUAAUUGUAAUUUUUUGUUUAAUAUUUAGCUUAAGUCUGUGUAAAUUAUUUAGUUUAAAUUGAAUUUAGUAUUCCAGCUUGUAGUAGACGGACAGGUCUGCAAUUUUUUUCGAUUUUCAUGUAGGAAGUCACUUUUAAAGUAAUGCUGAUGAUAAAUUACCGCUAAGUUAUGAGUGUUGUUAAGUUUAUUUACCUCGCUUCUCGACCUUAAGGAUAGGAUCUCGAAAAAGAAUAAAAAAGAAAAUGUAGUUCAAAAGAGAUAUAGUAUAUUUUGCAAAUGCAAUGUUAGGGUUAGGUUGUGCAGUGGAAUAUUUUACAGUACAUCGGGAUACUGUAAAUUUCAACAUUCCUUGGGAUUAAAAAAAAUUUCGGCUGCUCUCCCGCCAAACUUGGGAAGUUUUGUAUAUCUUAUUCGAUAUGUUUUUUAGUAUAUGUAUGUACAUUGUAAAUUGAAUCCUCGGUCCCUCGAAUCCCAGUCGGUUCCUAUCCCGAGUCCUGUCUAGUCCCGUUCCCGCAGUGUGCCAACGAAGCCCGGAGAAAGUGCGGAUGUGUCACCUGUUUGAAGCCCGAGGAUAUGUGUAGGCAAAUACUUGAACGAUGAAAUUAUUAGUUUAUAUUUCGGAUUGUAGUUUAAAAAAUUAUGGACGUCGCUCUGCCUCGGUUAUAUUUCGCGAAACAUUUAUUUUUUAAGUAAAAUACACAAUGUACGGGUGUUGUAAUUUAUUUUUAAGGUUAGUUCUCGUCUCCUUUUAAUGUAGUAAUUUGUUUUAUUUUUUUUUUCCUAAAAAACCGUGAUAGUAGCUGAUUAAGUGAUUGCAUGGAUGUGUGAAUGUGCGAGGUGGCAUUCGUAAGGCACGAUUCCUUUCCUCAAGGCAUUAUUAUAUAAAAAUAUUAUGAUUGUCGUAUCGUUAUGAUUUAAUAUUUUGUAAUUCCUUAUCGACGCAUGUCAUGCUAAACCUAUAUUUCAAUUUAUAUCAUGUAUUUAUGUGUAAUUUAUAUAUUUAAAUAAUAAAUUUAACGCGAUUUAAUAUACUUAUACAGUAUAUGUUUUAUGUUAUUUAUUGUCAUCGGUAUAUAUCCCAGUUUUGUUAAGUUGUAGCUCACAUAUACAAGUUAUUUAUUAUUAUUCAUCAAAAUUAUUAAAUCGUUUACUGGCACAAUAUCCAUCAAAAAUAAAAGAAAUCUUUUUCAUAGAAUAUAUUAUACCAUCAAUUCUCAUAAUGAAAUUUAUUUUUACGUUUUGUAGCUGUAUUUUUUAUUUAUUUCACUUAA